GGAACGUAUGGAUUAGAAAUUAACUUUUGAAAAAAUUAUUUUCCGAACAUUUUACUAGAACCCUCGAAUGACGAAUCCAAUUCCACCAAUCCGAAGUUGGAACAUCCCAAACGCCUUCGUUCCUGCUCUGAUUAAUGUACGGUUGACUUGACAUGCUGAUUCAUCGUCACUUGUGGAAUGAGAAACGACGAUUCAUCUGAUCUGUCAUUUUAGGAAGUAAUCUGAGGAAAGUUUGAAAGCGUACACAGCGAAGCAGAUGGACGAGGACUUAACAAGGGUCAAACGCAAGAUGGAAACUGAAUCAAAUGAUACCAAAUUUCAAAAAACAGAAUGUGCCAUUAACCCUGCCGAGUUGAUGUUAAAUUUCGCUCGAAAAUGCAAUGCAUAUGAAAACAUCCCAAUCGCCAUCGAUCAGUUUGUUCAUGAUUAUGGCAAAUACAAGAAAGAAAAAAAUACUGAAGAUGCAAGCCAAUCCACCCAGAUGAUGACGAAGCUUGCAUUCGAAACAGUCCUCGAACUGGACGAGGAAGUUUACUUCAAAAUGAAAAAACUGGAACCUAAUGGCUUUUGGUCUUUCAUUCCAAGACCUGUGAGCUCUGCCUUGCAAUCGCUUGCCAAAAGUAUUAAACACUUAGAUUUGGUGCCAAAUCAAAGCGUUGUUCCUUCUACGUACGUCCAUUGGAAUGAGAUUCAAUUUGACCUGGAAGAAGACAAUGACAUGGUCAUGGUGAACAAAGCUUCUGCCGCAAAGUAUGAUCAAAAUGGCGCACGGCAAUUAGUGUCACUGCCGAACCAGAAUCGUUAUGAACAUUAUGUCACAUCGUCUGGGAAGAAUCCCAAGAUCCAUAAAUGCAUUCGAAGUGCCUUUAGUAAACUUCAUUUCUUAAUCAAAGAUUGCACGGUUGUUAUGAAAUCUGCUGAUAGACUUGAUCGAGUUGUUUUUGGAGCGUUUCGUUUGAGAUUGUACUCUGAAAACUUCAAGCAGUUGUGUGAGUACUGGAGUACGUGUGAAAACACUUGCGAUGAAAGCUCGUUCGCUUACCAAGAGUUCCAGCGAGUUGUUGAAACUGUCACAGUGGCUCAUUGCAGAGAAAAUUUAUAUGAAAUGAAUAAGAAUGCGGAUAUCGUCAAAAAACUGGGGUCAUUGGCAGGAUUUUUGAAUGAUGACUUUUGUAAAAUGUUUGCUAUCUGGUGUGUCUGUGAAAUUUUUGAUAGGUUCCCGUUGAAUUAUGACGAUUUGCAUGAAAAAAUGUGUUUGGAGUGGCUAAGGGACUGUUGUGAAAUACUUAAUUAUGUUUUUCAGAAUGAAUACCACCCUGGGGUGCACUCAAUAGAUAUAAGAAAAGGUAUUGAUCGUUUGUAUGAAAUACUCAGUGAAAUGAAAGUUCUCUUUCCGUAGAGAACAACCUUUUUUUUUCUUCUUUUCUUUUUUUUCUUUUGCAUAAAACUAUUGACUGGAACAAUCAUUUGUUCAAACUUUUCAUGCAAGCUGCUUUAGAGUACUGAAUAAAUAUUUUCU